CGGAGUGCUCCGAGUACACAUAAAUUCCUGGAUUCACAAAUCAUGUAAUUCAUUUCAAGGUGAAUGGUCGAACAAAGCAGUGCUAGUGAUGGCCAUGUAGCGAAGAAGUGCGAAACAAUUUUAUCUUUUUUGACGUCUUGAGUGUUUUUUUAAAUUAUUUAUCAUGAUAUUGAGAUCCGUUGGAGAAUUAUUCAUCGUUGUGCUGCUCGCGGUCAACGCUGAAACGAUACCAUUUUUCAACCCAAAUAACAGAGGGACCUUCAACGGAGCGUUCUACGAUUCCCACCAGUCUCCACAGAUCGUCUCCCACUCUCCUCAUCGGGUGUCCCUGCAAAGUUCUCAGGGGAUAUUUUCACCUGUACCGAGUUCAUCGAAUCGUCAGCCAGUUGCAUACAUUCCUAAUAUAAAGAACGUAUUUCAUAAAAAGGCUGGAUCUCACGAUCAGCAAACGACCUCUGCCAUUACUCUCGGUGAACACAUGAGGAACUUUCAUCAUCAAACUGCCCAAAAGUUUAACCAGUUCGGAAAUCGUAUCAAAGAAUCGGUUGAGCGGUACGAAGACAGUCUCGUUCAAGGGAUGCGACCGAUAAAAAAUCCGUUGCAUCGCAGGUUUCGCCUCAAAGAGGUAAAUAACAGGCUAAAAGAACCUCUCCGGCAUAGAAAAAGACUCAUGGACAAACUACGCAGUAUGGGGUGGAAUGGUAAAUUCGUCGGAGUGCCUCACUACACUAUGAAUGAUGACCACAGAAUCGUGAAAAAACCUGGAAUCAAUUACGGCCACCGCUGGCCGAAUAUCAGACCUGCGAUUUACUCGCAAUCAAUCCCAAGCCUAGCUAUACUACCGAACGUUAUGCUACAUCCGGCUAUACCCCUGUCGUUUACCACUUCCGCGGAUACCCACGGGGUAUCGAACGCCCCCGGAGGUUCGGCUGACUACGUGUUUCCAAUUACCUUGUCGACUACGCACACGACAAAUGCGACUGUUUUUACGGAGACUCCUACUCUGACAGAAAUUACACCGGCAAUGAUACCGGCUGAGAUCAUUGACGAUAAGAUAGAUCGAAAUGACGAACCGACACUGCCAACAAAAUCGAAUGAUGUCACAGCAACGUCUUUAUUAAUUUUGGAUGCAGAAUCUCGGAUUAAAGAGGAAGGCGUUGACAGCACGACUGACGUGGAAACAAGUACACCAAUCACUUCUUUUGCAAAUAUUACAAUUUCGAUUAUUGCUGAAACGGAAACUACUACCGGUGGUGGAUCAACUUUUCCAUCUGUGACUGCGAAUGAAGACGGUUUAACGGGGCCUUCCGGUGGUUGGGUUGCAACAGAAGAAACUACCUUGACUACAUCAGAGUCUGAGAAAACUACCGCGCUUCCUAGCAAACUAAUGACAAUCGACUGUGAGACAAUAUCUGUGACCGAUGAUAUUCCUCCAGAGCCAACAGCCAUGAAUAUAACUACGCUUAUGGAAAAUCAAGAUGAUUUGGUAUCGUUUUCGACAACCACAACUAAAACAACUCCCAUGAUGAAUGAGGGAUUGUCCAUUUUUGAUUCAGACCAUGGUGGUCCCAUGAUUGAAAUCGAAACGACUACGGCAAAUACUUCAACGAUGUUUUCUAUGGAAUUAACAGAUGCUACGGCUACAGACGCGAUGUCAAAGAUUGAUGGGGAAACUACCAUAGCAAUCCCGUCAACGAUUCCAAACAGAGCACAGAGCACAGACGGAGUCUUCGUAAGUGUAGAGAAUCCAGAGUUUAACGCCACGACAAAAAAUGAGGAGGUGACGACGGAAACCGUAUCGACGUCACCCUUUGCGAUUUCGACGGAAUCGUCUUCGCCUAUGGAUACAAUGCCAACGACAAUUAGCAAAGAAUCUACAAAAGUCACAUCGACAUGGUCCACGAUUAUUUCGGCGGACAUGACAUCGACGACACGAAAACUCCCCACAGCAACAAGUCCUGGAUUUACUGAGGCAAUGACCACUGAAACUAUGACGUUGGAACCUUUUAAUACGACGACCGAAUCAUUUGCGACCGUGGAAACGCAAACAAUAUCUACGACUGACAGUUUCGAAUUUGAGAGCACAACUAUCGGUGAAGAAACAACGAAACAAAGCGAUCCGACAAUUCCUACGACACCUCCUACUGAUAUAACUACAACUGAGGGAUAUCCUGGAUCAGCAGAUCCGAGUGUUAACGCUACAACGAUCAUUGGCCAGACAACUACAGAAAUCCUGUCGACGUUGCCUACUAUGAUAUUUCCGACGACAGCAUCAGAAGCGAACCCCACAACGAUCCAAGUUGAAACCACGGCGAUAGAUGCCAAAGUCGAUGCAACAACGAUGACUGAUAGGGUGUCAACUGGAAUACCAGCGACAUUGCCCAUCGACAAUUCAACCGAAAUAUCUACGAACCAAUGGAUGUCUGUAACGACAGCUUCAGAACCUGCAAGUACAACGAUUUAUGGAGAUGUUACUACGUUGUCUCCCGCGGUUUCAGUGGAUAGUUUUACAACAAAGAAUACUCCAUCCAACGACAUAAUAUCCGAAUAUAUUCCCACUACGAUCGGUGAGGAUCUGACUGCGGAAUCCGUGUCAAUCGCUCAUUCUACAAACCUUCCGGAGUUCAAUACAACAACAGAGGCCACAUCCACAACGACUCAUGGAGAAAUUGAUACAACGACGGUCAAUGAAAAGACUACUGUCCAAAUGUUGACUUUCUCCCCGACAUUGCCCACAACAAUUUCAACCGGAAUAUCUACAACCACGGAACCAAUUACUACAAUAACUAAUUCAGCACCCAACGGAACAACGAUCGAUACAGAAACUACUACGACAACAGCAGGGAUUUCUACCACGAUUGAUUUGGAAUCAAACGUUGCAACGACCACAGAAAUUCCAUGGACGUUGCCUUUCCAGAUUUUCGCUGACAGUACGAAGACAACGGAGACAACAUCGACAAGCACAGCUUCAGAAGUUCGUAGCACUACGAUCGACGAGAUGUCGACAACGGAAUCACGUGUUCCAACGAUUCCGUUUACAAAUCCAACAGAGUCUACCACGAUAACGGAUGCAAUUUCCACGAUGGCAGAUCCGGAACCAACGAACACCGUCUCAACAAUCAACGAGAAAACCGUCACACACAACGUUUCAACGAUCCCUGCGACAAUUCCAACAGAGGCAACCACGAUAACAGAAGAAAAUUUCACAUCAACGAGGAUGGAAACUGUCAGUACAACGAAUAACGCAGGAACAACAGCAGAAAUAGUUCCAACGUUACCCCCGACCUCGCCAAUGUCGGAAAAAGAUUCUACAAUCACAGAUUCAACGAUCCACGUAGAGGCAACUAUGGAAACAAUUUCAAUGUCGCAUUCUGAUAUGUUUCCAUCCGAAAUGUAUCCAACACCAGACCCAGAAUUCAAUGGUACGAUGGCCAAUAAUGAAACGAUUACAGAUCCUCAUUCCACUGUCCCUUUUACAUCAACAACCACCUUAUCACCAGACGGUGAUUCGACUUCGUUGCCCCUUCUAGUUCAAGGAUUAGAACCUGAGGUAUCCUCGUUCGAGCAGACCGCUGUUACAGGUGCGGAGGUGACCAAAUAUUCAGAAAUUACGAACGAAAGAACGACGAACGACGUCACCUUAACGACCCCAUCUACAAUUUCAGCUGAGAUCACAAAUACAGAUGAAUUAUCUACAACUACGGAAAACACUCCAACGCUAUCGCUCAUGAAUUUCACCGUCAACAUUCCUUCGCUCUUUAUUCCUGCAGAUCAGGACACGAUUUCAGAAGACAUAGAGAAUUUUGACUAUUUGGAAGUACAAGAUGAAUCAAAGGACGAAUCACUGGGUCGACAAUGGGGCGCAAUAUACGAGCCAAUCCCAUCACGUUUUGCUCCUCUUCUGACUGCAGAACUAGACGAAAAGACAUUGCUAUACCUGAUUCCGGUGAUAAUUGAUGAGUUGCGUCAAGAUAGGUUAUCCGUUACCGAAAAGCAGACUUUGAGUCAAGUUUUCGGUGAACUAUGGCCACUUUUAGAAGAAGACGCGAAACGGAAACCAGGGGAAUAUAUGAGUAACAAAUUAGGAUUAUUCCUUUUUGAAAUAGCGCAACGAAUAUCAGAUGCCGAAGCAUCUUCCAGGGUAAUGGCCGCUAUGAAUCUCGGAUCGAAGACAAAAAGACACAUCGUCCCGAGUUCGCUGCCAAAUUUAAUAAUGAAAAGAAAUUCUGUUGUGCCGAUGGAUCCGUAUAAAAGACAAGCUCACCGAAACGAAGAAGCCCUGCAUUUCGGAAUGGAAAAUACGGAGAAGAAGAAGAAAUUCCAAGUGAGAAAUGCUCUGAAAAAUCGAAAUUAGGCGAAAUAUUUCGGUCAAAAUGAUAAUGCUGCAAGAUAUUUAAACGACGCUAUCAAAGAAGGUUCUCGCGUUAUAGAACUACUUUUAGAUGCCUCCGAACACGAAGCCAAGAGACAAGUUGUCUCGGUUUUUUAUCCCAAAAAACGACCACUUGUACUAAUUUAUGACGUAUCAUCCAAAGAAUCGUAACUCGUUAAAAAUCUUUCUACGGUUAAAAAUCAAAUUGAGAAUGAGCCGAAUUCAUAUUUCGUAUCAGUAUCUGCAAUGUCUUUUGUUACGUUGUGAUAAAUUUCUGAAGAAGAUCUUUACUUAUUGCACACAUCCGAUAGUCGGCGUUUCAAAAUUAAUUUUGUUUUAUCACAUUCAGACAACGACAGCCAAUCGGCAUUUUUUCUUCCGUGUUUUAAUAUUAGCGUUAACGUGACAGCUGUCGUGCUACAAUAGAGCGAAGUGGAUGCAAGUUAUGUUUCUUCUAUAUAAAUUGACACAAGAGUCUAUUGGAUGCGUUCUGGUAUAAAUAUUAUGUAAAUAUAAUUGAUAACGAGUACAUUUUUUUAAAACGGAUACAUUGCAUCUCGCACCACAAUCGUGUUAUUAGAGUGGAUAAUAAAUGAUCAAAGUUUGAAAAAAUAAAUAAAUACAUUUAAAAAAAAAAUAAUGGAAGUGGAGCGUUGUACUUGUUUGCGAAGAGUUUUUUUCCUUUUUCCCCUGUAGUUCACAUGUAUAUAUAUAUUUGUUUAAACAACUGUUCAACGAUUGCACAUAUGUUAAUUAACUGCGCAAUUCCGUUCGAACAAAGUUCAUAUCACGUGAGUUGUUCGUUCGUCGAGAAUUUUUGGUAUUCAUUGAACCACAAUAUAGAAUGUACAACGGUAAGUUCUUGUUUUUUUUUUUUCUAUUAUCGGAUGUAAUUAAAUCUUGACCGAUAAAUGUGUCGUUGGAACGGUGCGAUAUAGAGAAUCGGCCAAAGCAGGUCCACUUCUUGAUUUAGAACGUAAAUAUAUUCCAGUAGAAUCUAGCCAAUAAAAUCUUAGCGUAGAAAAGAACUUUGAAGGCGUCUUCGGUUUUCUUCGUCAGGGCGAAGUUGUGCUAUUUUGAGAAGGCCACACUGCGCGUAUUGUGUCUCUCGCGAGACGAAAUACAUUUCACGAAGUGUGUUAAACAAUUUUGUUCUAGAAAUUAUACGGAAACCGUAUAAAUUUCAGCUGUGUUACAAUUAUUUAUUGAACACGAGAUCCUCGUCGCGUAAAAUCGGUAGAACUGAAAGCGGUGUACAAAUUAAAAAAAAGAAAUUAAAAAAAAAACAGUUUUCGCCUAGUCUGUUGCGAUAAAAACUACUAUGAGGUAGCUAUGGCACAAUGUACCCGUAUAUGAACGAUCGACUUCCCAUACGGAAGUACUAGUUCCCUUGUUGAAUUUUUUUUUCUCUUCUCUAUAUCUCUAUAUUUUCUUUUUACCACCGAAAUGUAGAGCAUGGUCUUCACUUUCUUCUUUUACUCCACCCCGAAGUUCCCCGACGACACGUAGGUAUAUAGGUACACUGAGACGAGUUCAUUAUGUUUGUUAUAAAGUCCGUUUUCGUUGUUAUCACAAAGGUUUUUUUUGUUCGCUUAGUUCAAAGUACUGAUACGAACUAUAGAAAGAUAUAUUAUUAUGAGGAGUAGCGGAGGAGGAAAAGUUGAAGAAGUAGGAAGGAUGGGAGCGGCGGAGAUCAGCGGAGCAGAUCAUCUGCACCCUCCGAGAGUAGCAUUCGGAGAUCUUCGGAAUCAGAUUAGUCGGGAAAGUCCCUUUAAAUCUAAAUAUACUGGGUGUCAGAGUUGAACGCCCUGGAACUUCCGGUCCUUAACUCGCACUCUGUUUCAUGGUUUUUCAUUCUUUCUUAUUCUUUCUCCCUCCAUCCCCGGUUUUUUUUCCUCUUUUUUUUUUUAAAUCUUUUUUCUCGAUUUUUUUUUUUUUGUUCAUUUUGUAAUUUUCGUUCGCCUAUUUCGUGUCUCUUUUUUCCGGAAAUUCUAUAGCCCUUGAAAGAGCCGGAGGAUGCUCGUCGAGAGCGGUGCACGAUGCGAUUUCCUGUAAACUCACACCGACCAGGAAAGUGACCGGAGGGCGGAUGGCAAACCGCAUAUAGGUAUAUCGUUGAAAUACCCAAUAUUGUAAAAUCAAACAAGACACACGUUUUCUCUUUUUGUCUCCCUUUUUUUUUUUUUACAUCUCCAAUCAAAUGAUCAAGUAGGUACUCGAAGUUGAACAAAAAUGAAUAACAGCAGCAGUUGAUGGUCGCGUGUUCCUAGGCAAAGUGAAAACGCUUCGGGAGAAUUCUUCUACCAAAGCAUCCGUCGAGUGUGUAACACGCACGUGUUCAGAGCGGUUCUGGGGCUCUGGACUCCUCAUAUGUGGGGUGCGGGAUACGGGGUACGAACGAUACUUACACCACGGAGCGCAUGAGCCAUGGAAAACGGACUGUAUACGGUUAGGGUAUAUGAAGAGCCAGAGCAACCAACAGCGAGCAGCAACAGCAACAGCCGCAGCCGCAGCAGCAGCAGCAGCAGCAGCAGCACGUAUGGGGGACGGAGGCCGGAGGACAGCUGUGGGGCAGCUGGUAGCGCGUGCCAUGAAACCUAUGGGGUCUCAUGCAUGCUACGGACGUGCAGAGCGCGUGAACCACGACGUAUACCGUCUACGUCGUAAUUUUUGCGCAACAUCGAAUAUCGAAAACGGGGUUGACGUUCGAACGACAAGGGUUGAGUACGCGGGGAAAAGUCUGUAGCCAUAGAUCGACAGGGGCGCGGGAUUAAAAAGUUCUAAAAAAGUUUCACGGGGUGACUAUGCGACGCACGUAUAGAAAUGGUUGAUUUUUUGGGACUCGAGGGCGACUGCGAUCGACCCUUGUUCAGAGGAGGAAUGCGAUUCCAAGGAUUGGCGUCUUCCAUGUCCUUGGUGUUCGAGUCUUCUGGUUCUCUGUUACUACCGGGGUCUCCUUGGGAACCCUCAACAUCUGUUGCCAGCUUGAAUAAUAAUUGGAACAGCUGAUAUCUUUGUAUAUCGAUGCAAGUUAGCUCAACUCGUUUUUCUUUCUUUCUUUCUUCCGACUCCACAGGUUAUCAUUUCGUUGAUCGGCAUUAAAACGAAAUGAAAAACUUCACUCGAAGCGAUGCAUUUUUUAGUUUUCCAUUCGAACGGCGUGGUGCGUGAGGCAGGUGCGAACGUUGCUCGAAAGACCGUCGACUCUGAUCGUGUAAUAGAAAAACGGGAGUUGACAGUCAAUUGGUCAAGGUUGAAAACGCGCGAAUAAACAUUGCCUGUGUUCGAUGCGGCGCACGCGAAGAUCGAUGGAUGAACACGAUCUCCCGAUUUGUAGCAUCGCGUUGUAAAAAAUACCGCCGACAAUUUUUGCCUCAUUUCGAUCGUUUCGGUACGUGAGUCGAAGCGGGAGUUUCGAAAUCAUUCCACGCCACACGCCCUAAAGUCUGUGAUAUUAAAUAAAAUACCGUAGAUAAGAAGAAUUCAGAAGUCGGAGAACCCGAAGGAAA